AUGAAUGCAACUGGGUUCAAAGAAGUCGUUCUGAAAUCCAAAAGAGAUGAUGAUAUCUUCAAGCUAAAUUUUCUUUCUUUGUUUGUGAAUACAUUUACUGAAUCACAUUCUUAUGGGACGUGCAACAUAGAUCAUGUUAGAAGAGUAGUUAGAGUUGAAGAAAUUUCAUGCAUUGAUUGGUGUGCAUACUUAAAUUACUGUCUGAAGAAUACAAGAUCUCUAUGGCAUCAAGAUAAAAAGAAAGGCUAUUAUAAUGGGCCAAUGUUGUUAUUGAUGGAAUAUAAAGAGAAUUUCGAUAAGAUGCUCAAGAAAGUUUCUCUCAUCCAGAAAGGAGGACAUGUAUGGAAUUAUCCUAUUUUUUCAAGUGCUGAUAAUCAAAACAAUGAAACUGAAAAUAAAGGAUCACGUGAAAGGGUUGAAUCUCAAAAUGGUGACACAGGGGAGAAGGAUAUAAGUUCUUACAAAUCACCAUAUAUGGAUAAAGUUGUGAAUUUAUUUGAGAGAAUCGAUUUGCAGAAUGUUCUUUUGAUUCAGAGUUCUGAGUUAUUAGAUGAAACUAAAUCUUUUGACGAGCGUUUUUUAACUUUUGAGACUCGUGUUGAUAAGUUUCUAUCUAAUUUCAAGGGAGAUGUCGAUUUCAAUGAUCUUAAAAUUGUGGUUUUUCCAAUACAUAUUGGUGAUCAGAUGAUUGCCACACAUGAAAUCAACAACCACAAGGAGAGAGUUAUCAAAGAGGCAAUCGAAUUUGGAAAACUUGAUCACACGACUAGAAAGAAGAUGUUACAGGAAGGUAUCAAUAGUGGAAGAAUUGGAACAUCUUACUUUAAAAAAUAA